AUGCUGUUGUAUAAUUAUGAACAAUGUUUUUGGGAGAAAAACGACAAGGGAGUAGAAGUGUUGUUAUCUCAUCUUGCGAAUGGGUUACAAACGUGCCAGACGAUUGUGAAUUUUUUCAAGCAAAAGAGUGAAUUGGAAAAGGAUUAUUCGAGGAGGUUGGGAGCUAUCAAUGAGAAUCUAUCGAAAAAUUUGGUGGAGACGAGUGAUUUUGGACAUUUAAAUGAAACGAUCAAUUGUUUACAAAACCUUGAAUUUAAAAAUGCACAAUAUCAUUCGAAACAGAGCGAGUUUUUCUAUUCGAUCAUUUAUAAUGAGAUGAAUUCUAUUUUGAAUAAGUUGAAUGGCAAAUAUACGAUGUAUACAGGGUUGAUUGAAAAGAGUCAGAAUGAUAAUCAAUACACGUUGCAAGGGUAUAAAGACUUGCAGGGGAAAUUGCUGGAGGCGCAACUGCAUGUGAAAGAGAUCAAUGUGGGGAUUAGUAAUCAAACGAAUGAUAAUGAGUAUUUGCAAAGGAAAUUGAAUAAAUGGAAUUCCAAUGUGACUGAGAUACAAAAUCAAUUGAAUACGUUGAAAUUGGAGUGCAAGGCUUCGAAGAAGAACUGGUAUAAGAAUUGGUCGAAGAUAGCGGGAAUGUUGCAAGAUUUGGAAAGUACGAGGAUAGAGUUGUUGAGAAGUAAGUUGAUGAGUUAUUGUAAGAUAUUGAAAGAGAGUAAUAAGAAUGAGAUGAUUAAUUUGAAUCAAAUGAUCAAGAAGAUCGAUAGUUUUGAGGCGAUGGAUGAUAUAGUGAAGUUUUCUACGCAAUUUGGUACUGGGAGGUUGAUGGAGAAGAAUUCGCAACGAAGUUUUAGUCGGGGCACUGAGGAGUCGAGAUCUAUGGAGAUGAAUAGUUCGCAUAUGGCGAAUAUCCGCAAGUUAUCUAGUCAAUUACAAUUGCAUGGAGAUAUAGAGCGAGAGGAGCGAGUUGAGAGUGUGGGAAGUAAGCGUGUGGGAAGUAAGCGUGUGGGAAGUAAACGUGUGGGAAGUAAGCGUGUGGAAGGUAAGCGUGUGGAAAGUAAGCGUGUGGAAGGUAAGCGUGUGGAAAGUAAGCGUGUGGAAAGUAUAAGCGCCGAAAGUAUAAGCGCCGAAAGUAUAAGCGCCGAAAGUAUAAGCGCCGAAAGCCAGCGCGCCCAAAGCCAGCACGCCCAAAGCCCCAAAACUUCUUCCCGCCAAGUCUCGACAAACAUGAUUGAUCCUCCAGAAAACCUUCACCCUUAUAUACCUCCCUCGACACGUAAAUCCCCGGUGGCAAAACAUCCCCAACUGCCUUUCCCCAUGGAAACACAGCAGCUGACCCUCCCCAAUUCGUUUGAUCAUUUGAAAACCUUCUCCUCAACUUCAGAGUCGUCCGUGCCCAGUGAUUUCCAAGAAUCAAUCAAGAAACGUCAAAGUGUGGAUUCUAUGGCGACUUCUGUGAGUUCUCUUGUGAGUAAUAUUGACGAAUCACAAAGAUUUGCUCGAUCGUGGAAUUCUCAUAAUAGGAAACGUAAAUCUUUGAUGGGACGCGAUCUGGAUAACAACGAUAACCGGAGUGACCGUCUGACACAAUCGGAGAACAGCAAGGAAAGAUCUGCAGAAACGAGGCGCAGCAGUGUGCAACGGGUGGAAUAUUCGAUGAAUCGGAGUGAGCCGAUCCCUAGGGAAAGACCUGCCAGGGAGGUUUCUGCGGGAGGGGAUUUCCCGCAGAUGGCUUCCAAUGGGGAAAAAGUGAUAAAAUUAGCCAAGGCUUUAUUCCCACUUUUCAACACUGAGUCAGCUUCGUUGGCCAGUUUUGAUGAAAACGAUCAUUUGUUAAUCACCGAGAUUGUGAAUGACGAAUGGUACAAAGGGGAAGUCUAUGGCAAUGAGAAAAUCGAUCCUGGUAGACGGUAUGGAUUAAUUCCUUAUAAUUUCAUUGAGAUUAUCAAAGACUCUAUAUAA